AUGUGGGUCCUUGGGAAGAUCAGGGAGAGCGUCGAGAGCAUUCCUCUAGAGCUGAGUCGUUAUAUGGGAAAGAGUGAGGAGGACAUCUUUCUCUCAUGUAAGACCAGCUUCUCUCACAAUCUGCCCAACAACAUCCUCACCCCAGACAAGAUCCCAGACUUCUGCCUCCCCCCACGGCUCUGCAAGAGAAGCCCUCUGCAGGAAACGGAGACAACCCCGUCUUACCUGCACAGUCAGAACCAGAUACCCAAGAGCAACACUUCUUCAAACACAACACACGUAAAGAUGAAAGAUGUGAAGACUAAGGGUGGUGAUGCAUCAGUGGCUUGGAAAGCUACAAAGAAACCUUUUCCAUUCUCUGCAGAGGGGUAUGGGCUGGCUGGGAUAUAUGAGAGCCCCAACACUCGAAGGAAAGAGUCUUUGUUUCACUCAAAGUGUCCAGUUUACAUAUUUGACAGAAGCACUCCUACUGCACCACCCAGGCGGGCGAAGGAGACAAACCUGCCCAAGAAAACUUUAUCUGGGUUUUUCCCUCUAUUUUCAUGCAAGACCCUGUCAGAGACAGGAAGCAAAGAAAGUGAAACACCUUCUUCCAGUGACUCCUCCCCCCUCAGUUCUCCUUAUAGUGGUAAAUCCUCCCUCUACAUCCCAUCAGGCAGUGGCCGUCUCAAAGGAGCGACAUCCUGUCCUUCGUUAAUUGACAGCAGGGAGGUCAGAGGGAGGUUGAAGAGGGGGGAUUUAAGUUUAACAACCUCUCCCAGUAGCCCUCCAAGCUUAGAGGGAAACUCACUCACCCUAGCCCCACCUGUCCUCUUUCCACUGGAUGUUCUGCAGUGUCAGGAGAGACUUCAGCGUGAGCAUGUCCUCCCUUUGCUGGGCCAUGGUAAAGUGCGCCUCUCUGCCGAGCGCACCACAUUGUCCACCAACACGUUCUCAUCCCUUUCCACAGUCAGAGUUCGUGUGGUGUCUGUGGAAGGCCUGCGGGAUGACCGGCGAACGCUGAACUGUGCAGUGAAUCUCUGUCUGACACCAGGGAAGCUUCAGCAACAGGAGAGUGCCACAAUCAGGAACUGCCGCAGCCCUGUGUUUAAUGAAGAUUUCUUCUUCACAGAGCUGAGUCGGGUGGAUCUGCUGGACCUGCAGCUGAGGUUAAAAGUGGUGGAUAAACCUGCAGCUGGAACACUGAGGAGGGGGACAGUGAUUGGAGUGAUCACCAAACCACUGUCUCAGUUACUCCCCCUUAAUAAAUGGGUAGAAGACUAA